GAGCUUGUGAGCGGCUACAGGACAAAAAUGUUUCACUUAAGGACUUGUGCUGCUAAAUUGAGGCCGUUGACGGCCUCACAGACUGUUAAGACAAUUUCCCAACACAAGCCAGCAGCACCAAGGACGUUCCAGCAAAUCAGGUGUUACAGUGCGCCUGUGGCUGCUGAGCCGUUUCUGAGUGGGACUAGUUCGAACUAUGUGGAGGAAAUGUACUAUGCGUGGCUGGAAAAUCCCAAAAGUGUACAUAAGUCAUGGGAUAUUUUCUUUCGCAAUGCCAAUGCUGGAGCUGUUCCAGGCACCGCUUACCAAAGCCCCCCUCCGCUGGGCACCAGCCUGUCCACACUGACGCAAGCCCAGUCCCUGGUCCACGCGCAGCCCAAUGUAGAUAAACUAGUGGAAGACCAUCUUGCAGUGCAGUCUCUUAUCAGGGCCUAUCAGAUUCGAGGGCAUCAUGUAGCACAGCUCGACCCACUGGGGAUCUUGGAUGCAGAUCUGGACUCGUGCGUGCCAACUGAUAUUAUCACGUCCUCAGACAAACUGGAUCUUGCAGUGUUCAAGGAGCGGCUGAGCGUGCUAACAGUAGGAGGGUUCUAUGGCCUGGAUGAAUCGGACCUCGACAAGGUCUUCCACUUGCCCACGACCACUUUCAUUGGCGGCAAUGAGUCGGCACUUCCGCUCCGCGAGAUCAUCCGCCGCUUGGAGAUGGCGUACUGCCAGCACAUCGGCGUGGAGUUCAUGUUCAUCAACGACCUGGAGCAAUGUCAGUGGAUCCGGCAGAAGUUUGAGACUCCGGGAGUCAUGCAGUUCACCACUGACGAGAAGCGCACCCUGCUGGCGCGCCUGGUGCGCUCCACCAGGUUUGAGGAGUUCCUCCAUCGGAAGUGGUCGUCGGAGAAGCGCUUUGGCUUGGAAGGCUGCGAGGUGCUGAUCCCGGCCCUGAAGACCAUCAUUGACAAGUCCAGCGCCAAUGGCGUGGACUAUGUCAUCAUGGGGAUGCCGCACAGGGGGCGUCUGAACGUUCUCGCCAACGUGAUCAGGAAGGAGCUGGAGCAGAUCUUCUGCCAGUUCGACUCCAAGCUGGAGGCUGCAGAUGAGGGCUCGGGAGACGUGAAGUACCACCUGGGGAUGUACCACCGGAGGAUCAACCGCGUCACCGAGAGGAACAUCACCCUCUCCCUGGUGGCAAACCCCUCUCACUUGGAGGCUGCGGAUCCAGUGGUUCAGGGCAAGACGAAGGCGGAACAGUUUUAUUGUGGGGACACCGAAGGGAAGAAGGUGAUGUCCAUUCUCUUGCACGGAGACGCGGCUUUCGCCGGGCAGGGGAUCGUGUACGAGACGUUCCAUCUGAGUGACUUGCCCUCCUACACUACGCACGGGACCGUUCACGUGGUUGUGAACAACCAGAUCGGAUUCACUACAGACCCGCGUAUGGCCCGUUCCUCUCCGUACCCAACCGACGUCGCGCGGGUGGUGAAUGCGCCGAUUUUCCACGUCAAUGCGGAUGACCCGGAGGCGGUAGUGUACGUGUGCAAUGUCGCAGCGGAGUGGAGAAGCACUUUCCACAAGGACGUGGUGGUGGACUUGGUGUGUUAUAGGCGGAAUGGCCACAACGAGAUGGACGAGCCCAUGUUCACCCAGCCACUGAUGUACAAGCAGAUCCGGAAGCAGAAACCUGUGCUGCAAAAAUAUGCGGAGAUGUUGAUUUCAGAGGGGGUGGUAAAUCAGCCGGAGUACGAGGAGGAAAUUUCCAAGUACGAUCGGAUCUGCGAAGAGGCCCAUGCCAGAUCCAAGGAUGAGAAAAUCCUGCACAUCAAGCACUGGCUGGAUUCCCCCUGGCCCGGUUUCUUCACUCUGGACGGCCAGCCCCGGAGCAUGACCUGUCCCUCGACCGGUCUGAAUGAAGAAGACUUGACCCACAUCGGGCAGGUGGCCAGCUCGGUGCCCGUGGAGGAUUUCACUAUCCAUGGAGGCUUGAGCCGCAUUCUGAAAACCCGCGGAGAGAUGGUGAAGAACAGGACCGUGGACUGGGCCUUAGCAGAGUAUAUGGCAUUGGGCUCCCUCCUCAAAGAGGGGAUCCACAUCCGCAUGAGCGGCCAGGAUGUCGAGAGGGGCACGUUCAGCCACCGUCACCAUGUCCUGCAUGAUCAGAAUGUGGACAAGAGGACCUGUAUCCCCAUGAACCACCUCUGGCCGAACCAGGCUCCUUACACCGUCUGCAACAGCUCCCUGUCGGAGUACGGCGUCCUAGGCUUCGAGCUGGGCUUUGCCAUGGCCAGUCCCAAUGCCCUGGUGCUGUGGGAGGCCCAGUUCGGUGAUUUCCACAACACUGCCCAGUGCAUCAUCGACCAGUUCAUCUGCCCCGGCCAGGCCAAGUGGGUGAGGCAGAACGGCAUCGUGCUGCUGCUGCCCCACGGCAUGGAGGGCAUGGGUCCCGAGCACUCGUCGGCCAGGCCAGAGCGAUUCUUGCAGAUGUGCAACGACGACCCAGAUGUCUUCCCAAAACUCGAUGACUUCGACGUGCGCCAGCUGUACGACUGCAACUGGAUCGUCGUGAACUGCUCCACUCCCGCCAACUUCUUCCACGUGCUGCGCAGGCAGAUCCUCCUGCCCUUCCGCAAACCGCUGAUAAUCUUCACUCCAAAGUCACUGCUGCGCCACCCCGAAGCCCGGUCCAGCUUCGACGAGAUGCUGCCAGGGACCAACUUCCUGCGUGUGAUCCCCGAGAGCGGCCCGGCAGCCCAGGACCCCGCCGGCGUCAGGAGGGUGCUCUUCUGCACUGGCAAAGUGUACUACGAGCUGACCCGCGAGCGCAAGGCCCGGGACAUGGAGCAGCACGUGGCCAUCACCAGGGUGGAGCAGCUGUCUCCGUUCCCCUUCGACCUCCUCCAGCGGGAAGCACUGAAGUACCCCAACGCCGAGCUGGUCUGGUGCCAGGAGGAGCACAAGAAUCAGGGCUACUACGACUACGUGAAACCCCGGCUCCGCACGACCAUCGACCGCGCCAAGCCCGUGUGGUACGCCGGCCGUGACCCCGCCGCUGCCCCCGCCACCGGCAACAAGAAGACCCACCUGACAGAGCUCCAGCGCUUUCUGGACACCGCCUUCAACCUGGAUGCCUACAGGGGCCUGUCCUAGAGCCCGCACCGCCCUGCUCUGUCGCUCACCUGCCUCCGCCCCUAACUACAGACCUUGUCACUGA